CAUGAUAACAUGAGAAAAUAUUCAAUUUUGGAAAUUCAUUUGCAGAUGCAAUCAAAUUUUGUUUAUUCUAGGAUUAUUCAAUGUUCUGAUAAAAAAAAAUGUUUUUUACUCAAUGCCCGGGCAGUGAAAUUUCCAUACUCACAUCAGGUGUAGGUAACUCUGAUGAUCUUUUGGCAACCCGUGUAGCUAACUGCCAAUCUUUUGUAUGUUCUCAUCUUCUCUCCUCCAAUAUAGAAGAGUGGUAGCGGCAUUAGACAAACAGAUGAGGACACUGUGGCAUACUAGUAAUAUCUAUUUACAUCCCGGGAUCCAUGAAUAUGCCACCAAGCUAACUGAUAAACUACCAGGAGAUCUGAAGGUUGCAUACAUCGUGAACAGUGGAUCAGAAGCGAAUGAUUUGGCAAUGUUGAUGGCAAGACUCUACACGGGGAACUAUGACAUCAUAUCUUUAAGGAGUGCCUAUCAUGGUGGAAGUCCUUACCUACAAGGUUUAACAGCAAUAUCUACAUGGAAUUAUAAAUUUCCAAGAGGAUUUGGUAUUCAUAACACUAUGAAUCCAGAUGUCUUCAGAGGACCAUAUGGUGGACAUAAAUGCAGAGACACACCAAAUGAUGUAAGCUAUGAGUCUAGGAAUCAAGAAUAAGCUCAUAGAUAUUGAGAAACAAUUGUGAAAUUUA